ACAGUGCAAGUCCCACGGAACGAACGGAAGCAAAAGGAAAUCAAACAAGCGAGAGAGAGAGAGAGAGAUUCCUCUGAUUUUCUAAAAUCUCCGACUAAGAAUCGCAGAGCCCAGAAAGAAACCCAAACCCAAAUCCAGUUUCUUCUUUUGGUUUCAAAGGCAGACUUUCGUGAUGGGAUCACUGAGGCAAAAACUUACGUUCUUUCCAUCAGAAGAGGUUCUGUACAAUGUUUACGCAUCAUAUGAAAAGGUCUAAACCAGUUGUGAGUGGCAUUGGAAGUCUAGUGCAUGGUAGAUACAAGCUGGAUUUGAAUAUUCCCACGAGGAUGAUGGAUUCCAGUGCCAUAAUGGGAAAUCCGAUUAUAGAGCCUCACGAUGAAAUGGAAUUUGAAUCUCAUGAAGCUGCAUAUUCAUUUUACAAAGAAUACGCCAAGUCUGCAGGAUUUGGAACUGCAAAGUUGAGCAGUCGCCGAUCUAGGGCUUCCAAGGAGUUUAUUGAUGCAAAAUUUUCGUGCAUAAGAUAUGGGAACAAGCAACAGUCUGAUGACGCCAUUAAUCCUCGGCCUUCUCCAAAAAUUGGUUGUAAAGCAAGCAUGCACGUGAAGAGAAGGCAAAAUGGUAAGUGGUAUGUUUAUUGCUUCGUGAAAGAGCACAAUCACGAGCUUUUACCGGCUCAGGCUCAUUUUUUCCGAAGCCACAGGAAUGCAGGUCCUCUUAAGAAUGAUGUCAGAAUACGCAGACGGAAGAACUUAGCGGCAGUGUCCAAAUUAUUCAGUGCGUAUCAGAACAUUGACUGUUUAGAGAAUAAUCUGAGAAACCAGCAUGAUAAGGGACGCAGCUUGGUUUUGGAACCAGGGGAUGCUCAGUUGCUACUCGAAUAUUUUAUGCAAAUGCAGGAAGAGAAUCCGAAAUUCUUCUAUGCAGUUGAUUUGAAUGAAGAGCAUCGGCUGAGAAAUGUGUUCUGGGUUGAUGCCAAAGGAAUGGAAGAUUAUUCCAACUUUAAUGAUGUGAUUUCUUUUGACACCACAUAUUUCUCCAACAAGUAUAAAAUACCUUUGGUGCUCUUUAUUGGGGUGAACCAUCAUAUUCAACCUGCAUUACUCGGUUGCGCAUUGAUUGCAGAUGAAACAGUUUACACAUUUGUUUGGUUGAUGCAAACAUGGCUUGUGGCAAUGGGUGAACAGGCUCCACGGGUUAUUCUCACUGAUCAGAACAAUGCCAUCAAGGCAGCCAUUGCAGCCAUCUUUCCAAGCACGCGCCAUUGCUUUUGUUUGUGGCAAGUAAUGGAGAAGAUGCCGAGGCAGCUCCAGUUUUUGAGUAUGUGGCAGGAUACUUUCAUGGAAAAAUUUAAUAAAUGUGUUUUCAAGUCGUGGUCCGUGGAACAAUUUGAAAAGAGAUGGUGGAAACUCAUUGAUAGGUUUAAUCUUAGACAAGUUGGGUGGAUUCAAUCCUUGUAUGAAGAUCGUAUGCAUUGGGUGCCUACAUUCAUGAGAGAUAUAUCGUUUGCCGGAUUGUCUAGAACUUCUCGAUCGGAAAGCUUGAACUCUUUGUUUGACAAAUAUGUCCAAGGGGAAACGUCGUUGAGGGAUUUUAUGGAACGGUACAGGGUAAUUCUUGAAGAUAGGUACGAAGAUGACGCCAAAGCAAAUUUCGAUGCUUGGCAUGAAACACCGGAAUUGAAGUCUCCAUCGCCCUUUGAGAAGCAAAUGUCGCUAGUCUACACGGAUGAAGUUUUUAAGAAAUUCCAAGUUGAGGUUCUGGGAGCGGCUGCUUGUCAUCUUAAGAAGGAAAAUGAAGACGAGACAAGCACAACUUAUACUGUGAAAGACUUUGAGGAUAAUCAGAAUUACAUUGUUGAAUGGAAAGAAUCAAAAUCGGAUAUAUAUUGUUUGUGUCAAUCAUUUGAAUAUAAAGGUUAUCUCUGUAGACACGCCAUUGUUGUUCUUCAAAUGUCUGGCGUGUUCAGCAUCCCACCUAAAUAUGUACUGCAACGAUGGACUAAUUCUGCUAUGAGUAGGCAUUCCAUUGGUGAAAAGCUGGAUGACGUGCAGCAUAAAGUUCGUCGAUAUAAUGAUUUAUGCAGACGAGCCAUAAUAUUGGGCGAGGAAGGAUCAUUAUCUCAAGAGAGUUACAAUGUGGCUUUAUCCGCCAUAAAGGAGGCUUUGAAGCAAUGUGCAAAUUUGAGCAACUCCGCGGAGAACAAUGCAAGACCUAAUUCCUCAGCAGUAGGUGGUGUAUGUCCCAUUGAAGAAGAGAAUCAAUGCAGCAAUGCAUCUAAUUUCGGGACAUCUGGUCCUAAACCGACGACUACAAAGAGGGCCCCUAGGAGAGUUGGGGUGGGGAAAGAGGCAGCCACAAGUAAUGAGAAUGGUGCAGCUAAGAAGGGGAAGGUACAUCCACCGGAAGUCGUCACGAGUGUUGGCACGCAAGGUUGCUUUAACCAAGUGGAACUUUCUGACGGGCGUUUUGCACAAUUACAGAAUGUGGUGCCUGCGCCGUUGCACAGUAUGGUGCCGGCGAUGUUUCAAAACGUUGCAUCGCCACAGUUCCAUAAUGUGGCUACGUCACAUGUCCCUGAGAAUCGUCUUCCUCGUUAGUGCAGUUUCUCUUCUGACAAAAAAAAAAAAA